CUCGGUUCAGAACGCGGAGAGGGCCGCCCUCCCGCUUCCAGGAUCUGGCCAGCUGCGGGUGCCGCCCUUAGCAGGGUUAUCAGGGUCUUCUGGGGUUUGGCCUUUGCGGUGGCACUGCAAAUUCUGGCAGGAACGCGCUCCCUAACCGGCCCAUGCCGUGGAGGGCGGUGUAUUUCGGUCGGCAGGGGCAGGUCCUAGCUGUUGCUUUUCGGUAUCUCUCUGGUCUGGAGGCGCUGGGGUGUUCUCCGGAGGUUCUGCUUACGCAUUUCGUGCACAUGCUGAAGUUGCGCUGUGUGUGGUUUACGGCAGGAUGUGUUGCUUUCCAUAAUUGCUUCUCCUCGCGUGAUCAGUAGGGUCUCCAAUAACCCAGCGUCUGCUGACUGCACCCGAAGACCACCGUUGUAGGUAGUUUAGUUAAGGACUUUACUGGGUCACAUGCUAGUAGUCAGCGGAAGGAAUUGCAGGUUAGCCUUGUUUCCAUUUCACCGUCAACGUGAAGCCUUAAGAGUAAGCAUAAGUCAGCAUGCACUGUCAUUAGUCAGAUGAGAAAUUGGAUCUUUUUCAUCUAGUGAAAAUGAACUGCUCUGUUAGGAAGUUAGAACUUAAAUUAAAAAUAUUUAGUUUGAACUGCCCAAUAGGCAACAUGUUAGUGAUGACAGUUAAAAUAAGAUGUCCUUUAAGGGUAUGCUUGUAUUACAGAGGGUUUCUGCCUGUAAGUUGGCUAAGGGUGAGACUCAGUACUACUGCACCCCAUUGUAGGUUUUCAAUUUGGAUGGUGACAUGUCAGAAAACCUCUGACAAGGAGAGCAGGGUAGUCUCUCUUUGCUUGAAUGAGGGCCUAAUCAGAAUGACACUGCUAGUGUUUCUAGAAGACAGUCUGUGUUACCUUGUAAUUUUAACUGCUCUGGACAGUCACAGAGUAGACAGCUGUAAAGUUGGAACGGACAAAAACGACAUUAUCUGUUAGUAGCAUGUAGGAACUAUGUUGGACCUUUAUUCAGUGUGGAGCAUCCUGUGCUUUUUUUGAUCAUGGAGAGAGAAUCUGUCUUCCCUUCUUCACUGCCAUUGCCUUUGGUAGGGUGUUCAGCAUGGCAAUAACGUAAAUCACACUUGGACUUGGCUACGGAGUAUGCCUCUACUACCUACCACGAGUGAUCAGGACAAAUGCUGGACUUGUUACGGGGGGAGCAAAAUUACAGGAGAUAAAGGCCUGGAGGAGCCUGGUGGACGGCCUGCUAUCUCCCGUCCUUUGCCCCUAAUGCACACCCCCAAACACAUGUGCAUGAAAUCAGUGAAGUUCAUGUCAGUAAUGCUACAUGCUAAUACAUCGCUGAAGGAGAUGAUAGGUGGCAAUGAAUCCUGUACUGCAGGACCGAUACCUAUGUCCUACUUAACCUGCCUGACUUACGUUCUGGGAGAAUGGACUGGCGUGGAGCAUAUUGAAGAUUAUCUGAGUUAUGCAGUCUACCUUUCAUGGGUGCUUUUUCCACUCGCGGUAGUUUUUCUACUUCCGGGAGUUCUCGUCAUCCUCUUCUACACUUCCAUUCUCCUUCUUCAUAUUUACAAAAGGAAGAAUGAACUAAAGGAAGCUUAUUCCAAUGAUUUUUGGGAUGGUGCAAAGCAAAUGUUGGCUACCCUAUGGGAUGGACAUGGAAGAAUAUGGCAUGGUUAUGAGCUUCAUGGUGCUGAAAAUAUUCCUGAAGGACCAGGGCUUAUUGUGUUUUAUCAUGGAGCUACUCCUGCCGACUAUGUCUAUUUCAUGGCUAGACUUCUUAUACAAAAGAAGAGAUAUUGCCACGUAGUAGCUGAUCAUUUCGUCUUUAGAUUACCAGGUUUUAAAAUAUUACUUGAUGUACAUGGAGUUAUGCAUGGACCAAAAGAAGAAUGUGUCAGUGCUCUGAAGAGGGGCUGUCUGAUAGCCAUUGCCCCAGGUGGAGUUCGGGAAGCACUCUUCAGUGACGAGAUGUAUACUAUUAUCUGGGGUAAUCGGAAGGGCUUUGCUCAGGUGGCCAUUGAUGCGAAAGUGCCCAUCAUUCCUAUGUUUACACAAAAUGUUCGAGAAGGCGUUAGGACAUUAGGAGGAAUAAAAAUACUUAAGGCACUAUAUGAACGUAUUAGAUUGCCAAUAGUUCCUGUGUACGGUGGGUUUCCAGUCAAGCUUCGUACAUUUAUUGGAGAACCCAUUCCAUAUGAUCCAAAUACAACUGCUGAGGAACUAACUGCAAAGACAAAAGCAGCGCUCCAAGCUCUAAUAGAAAAACAUCAGAAAAUACCAGGAAAUAUAUUUAGGGCUUUAAUGGAACGAUUUCAAACACAAAAGAAAGAAGAUUAAGGUCUUCUGAAUAAACUACUAUUUGGUUAUAAUAUUCUUAAAGUUGUGUUUGUAACUUAUUCAUUCUUCUAAUACUAGGUUUUAAAUACUGUCCUAAUGGUACUGCUGUAUAAUUUAAGAUGUAAGACACUUUCCCUUGCCCUUCCCCCUGUCCACUAUCAAGCUCAGGAACGCAAACUUCAAAUCAUUCGUAAUGGGGCAAAGCUUACUUUUUUGAUAAAUGCAUUCCUACCUUGAAAGUGUUUUUGUCAGAAAUGACACUGCCAGUCCUGAUGUACGUUGAGAACUGCAGUGAACCAAGGAAGUUUGUUACAGAAACCACUCUGAUGCAGUGAAUGAGAACCCUACAGCACAGCUGCUCUGCCAAGCUGAGCCGUACUGGACAUCUGCCCUUGAGCAGAGAGUUGGCCCGUGUACUUUGCAGUGAACCUGCAAAUUCUCCUUUGAAAGAAUGAGCCAAGCAUUUAAACUUUAACAAGUGGAAAUGACGGUACUGUUUAGUAAUAUGAGCUCAUAAAGCUUUAUUUGGAAGGAAAGGAAAAAUUAGUGCAGCACUUCUUUUAAAAGUAGUAGUUCUUUUGAAAAACAGGAUAGACAUUCCCAAAUACCCUUUAAAUCUAGUAUAUGUGUAAACUGUUAGACAUUCAUAUUCUUCAAAAACAGUUAUUUACGUAAGUUGUUAAGUCAAGGUUGAGAGGGAAAUCCUACAUACUUUCCUUAAGUGAAAACAAUUGAAUGAACAGGAAAGAGUUGCAGGAUUGGGCUUUUGUGCACUUACAGUAAAUUAUAUUGUUAUAUUUUUUCUGACCUAAAGCCUACACUUUUAUUGUCAAAAUAGAAAAUAUUUGAAAUAUUUCUUCUGAUUGCCAGCAAGUUUAAUCUACAGUCCUUAAAUUAACUUCUUUAGUUUUGGGAUGAGGACAAAUUCUCCUUUCAAUAUUGUUGGGGUUUGACCUUAUCUUAAAAAAAAA